AUGCCUGCGUCGUACAAGCACCCCAGGUCCGAGCCUAAAGCUCGUCGCGUCUCUUUGAGGACGACUGGCCGCAGCUUGAUGCCUAGCAGAGGCGGAGCUGCUAAACCCCUUCGCCACGAGCGUACCUGGUCCGGUCCAAACCCUUCCCUCAGUUCCACUCCAUCCAACAACCCUUUCUACAUACCUCCCAGCGAUACGGCUCCUUCUACCCCCGUUGCCGCAGACAUCGAGGCGUUCAAGCAGAGCUUCCCAAAGCUUCCUAGUGGUGGUCGAGAAAAUCAGGAUGAGGUUACACCAACCCCUCUCACUCGCCAGCAUGCGGUUAUCAUUCAUGGGAAGCCCCUUGGUGCUGAGAGACGUACAGGGUCCCAUGUGGAGCUGCGUUCCACAGGCGCCAAAGCCGAGGCUUCUAUCGUCCAAUCCUCUCCCAUCUCAAUUAAGAUCGAGUCGUCGCCAACUCAACUAGAGCUGAUUCUUAAAGGAGUCCUGCCGAUUUUUUCGAGUCCUGUAGACGAGACUCAGAACGUCUCCAACACACACUCGACCACUGCCCGCGCUGGCACCAGAACAUCCCCGACCGCCAAGUCCUCGAGCCAACCCAGUUCUUCCAAGCGUCCCCUUGAUUCCGCCAGCGACCAUCAAUCGCGCAAAGCUCGAAGGACCUCGAGGGCUGGCUCAAGCACCCGCAACCCCAUCGAAGAAUUGGUUCUCCAGUGGGCCCAAGAAGCGCUGGAGGAGGAAGAGGCUGUGACUGGGGAGGACCUUUUUCACCUGCCCCCGUUCUCGCGCCUUCCCCCUCCCCCACAGCAGACCAGAUACAACCUUAGAGAUCGUGCCAGGGUCGUCAAGCAGGAGACCGUUUUCGCUGGGCGAACGGAGCAGGAUUAUGUCGAUAUCCGUCCGGCGUUCUUCCGCAAAGCUGCCAUCAAGACGUUCAACCCAGCACGCCUUCCUUGUUCCUACAAUGCGAAAGCUGCUCUUAUUAUCAUUACGCCGAGCGCCUUGAGCAGCAUUCAUGCAGCGCGCCGCCAGUGCAGACCACGGAGUACAGGUCGAUCGAGUACGACAUCGGUAUCGACUUCCUUGGAUAUCGUCGUCGGGGCAUAUCUGAAGAACGACUAA